AUGUCCUCCGUAUUUGAGGUCCGGGAACAUGUCUUUGAUGCCCAGCAUAUCCGAGAGUAUGCAAGGGCUACAGCCCAUUCCCAGGAAGAAGUUCUGAAAGUGGCCGUCAAGCAAUACAUCCCUAGAGACAAUCUGAAUCCAAAGCCAGGAGAUAUCACGGUCAUCGCAUCUCACGCCAAUGGUUUCGUAAAGGAAUUAUACGAACCCUUAUGGGAGGAUCUCGUCACAGAAGGCCGGAAGCAAGGUCUAAGAUUUCGCGGCUUCUGGAUUGCAGAUGUCGCAUGGCAAGGCCAGAGCGGCAUUCUCAAUGAAUCCAAGCUCGGGAAUGACCCCUCCUGGAUGGACCACGCCCGGGAUCUCCUUCACAUGACCAACGUCUUCCGGUCCGAGAUGCCCCGGCCCCUGAUCGGCGCAGGCCACUCCUUUGGCGGCUGCAUCGUGACCAACGUGGCGCUCAUGCACCCGCGGCUCUUCACCGCGCUGGUCAUGAUCGACCCCGUCAUCUCCAAGUUCAACACCCCCGGGCCAGUAUACGGCUUCCUGUCCAUGCGGCCCUCCGCCUUCCGCCGCGACCUGUGGCCCUCGCGCGACGCCGCCGCCGAGGGCAUCCGCCGCAACAAGUUCUACGCCACCUGGGACCGCCGCGCCGUCGACGCCCUCGUCCGCCACGGCUUCCGCGACACCCCGACGGCCCUCUACCCAGACGAGAAGGGCAAGGCCACCCUCGCGACGACCAAGCACCACGAGGUCUUCACCUACUACCGGCCGACGCUCCAGGGGCUCAGCGCCGACGGCAAGCGCGUGCUCGACGCGAGCAAACUGGCCGACGUCAACCCCGCCGAGCUGGCCGCGUACCCGGACUACCCCUUCUACAGACCCGAGACGGCGCUGACAACAGAAAAGCUCCCCAACCUGCGACCGCCUGUGAUAUGGCUGGUAGGAGGCAAGAGUAAUGUUUGUGGACCGGAGCAGCGGAAAGAGAAGAUGGACCUGACGGGGAUCGGCAUCGGUGGCAGUGGCGGUGUGAAGUCUGGCAAGGUGAAGAUGGUCGUUUUUGAGGAGUAUGGUCAUCUGGUGGCCAUGGAAAUCCCAUCGAAACUAGCCCAGCAUGCCGCCAGCUUCAUCGCCCCUGAAAUAGAGAGGUGGCGAGAGGAGCAGCAGGAGUACGAGCGCUGGGCACGAAAAGAUGACAGGUCGAAGCAAACAUUGGAUGACGACUGGAUAGCGAUGAUCAACUCUGUAAAAGUUCCAGGUGCUCCGGCACCGAAACCCAAGAUAUAG